AUGGCGUCUGUGAUGGACGAUUCCUACCGUAAGGUGCUGUUGCUAGGGGCCAUCGCUGCAGCGUCAGCCUUUGUGGUCACCAUCGUCAUCGUGGUGGUUUGUGUGGGCUGCCAAAGGAAAAACAAGACCAAGCAUCCUCCGGCCAAUGGAGAGAAGGACUCCUCAGCAGACCUGGGUGCUCUCCAUCAGCCCAAGAACAGCUCCAUCAGUAAAUCUGACACUAGGCUGCAUGAGAUCAACCGCUUGCCCCGCAACGGCAACAGUGGGGGUAAGAACCGUCCUGCCAGUAUGGACCUUCUCCUCCUCCACAGCCAUCGCUCCACCUCUGACCUCCGCCCCCCCCUUGUCCGCCAGCUCCCCCAGAUCCCCACCAGCCCCGAGGGGGAGGGAAACAUCCAGAGGGGAGGAGAAGAGGGGGUCAGAGACCACACCUACACUGAGGUGGGGACCCGGAACUCACCCGUCCGCAGCUUUGACAAUGGGCUGUAUGAGAGUGUAGGGGUUAGAGAGGUUGACACGGUGCCCCCAGCUCCCCCACCCACAUCAGCCAACACCCCAGCAACACCGAGGACCUCACAGAGCCCCAACGGGACCCGCACCGACGAUGUCCUCAAUGGGAACAGAAACAGGAAUGGGAAUGGAAAUGCCAGAGGAGCUGUUAAUGGUAGCAGCAGAGGAGGGAAGGGGCCCAACGGAUCGGCCCUGCCCUCCCUGGCCCCCCAGGACUCCGUAACGGCAGAGUACGCCUCCAUACGGAAGGUCAAGAAGGUGGACAAGGCAACCAAGAAGGAGAACGGGAAUGCAGAGUCAGAUGGCCAGUCAAGUGUGGGAGAGUCACCCUCUGCCCUGCCCCCUCCACUGCCCCGCAGCCAGGAGUUUCUACAGAAACAGCUGGGUCCAUUCCACCUGCACGUCUUCCCUAAUUACUCCCUGUUCACCCAUGACUGCAUGGCCAUGCACGCCUCCAACUCAAUCAUCAAGUUUGCCGAUGACACUACAGUGCCAGGCUUGAUUACCAACAACGAUGAGACGGCCUACAGGGAGGAGGAGGCAGUGUUCAUGGGAAACGGGGAGCAGUACAUCUGGAAGCCCCCAGAGGACAAUGACAUCAUCACCUUGCACCCAGCGCCUAUACCCCCGGGGGAGAAUGGACAGGGAUACACACCCACAGCCAUGGAGAUUUCUGACACCUACUCCACUGUGUGUAAAACCCAGAAGAAGAAACCUCCCCCGGACAACAAUGGAGCCAAUACGCUCCCCCAAAACCAGUGCUCUGUGGAGGAGAAUGGAGGAGGUGGGGGAGGAGGAGCAGGAGGGAAUGGGGCGUGGGUCGGUUCCGGGGGAGGGGUGAGGGGUCGUGGCCGUGGGAUCCAGGGUGGUCAGGCGCGAUCCCACGAGGAGCCCUGCUACGCACCAGUUGGCGAAAGGACCUGGCCCGCCUGUGUGGUAGCCAAGCCUGCCCCGGCGUACGCCACUAUAGACUCCCACCGGAAACGUGAGCAGGCAGGUACCAAUAUUGGUGUACUGGGGUCAAACGCCACACUGAAGCCCAAGAAGAAGCCUCCUCAGCAGGAAGCGCCGUCUCCAGGUGCCCCGUGCCCCCAGGGACCUCCAGCAGGUCCCCCGGCCCCUCUAACCAAGGCCCUGCCUGGGGGGGAGAACUUCUAUGAGACCAUCAGUGAUGUGAAACAGGGUGCUAACACAGCCAGCACCACCACCAUCUUCACCUUCAACGACGGGAUGGAGAUGUACGUCACUGGCCUGUAGCUGAGAGACACUGGCUCACACACUGUGGGGAUCAGACCUGUUUGGGUUCUUCUGACCCUGUCUACACCUGGUAUGAGCUAUGAAAGGGACUGGCAACAAUGUAUAUAGCAAUGAGACCCACUGGUGAAACCAAGCAUCGGAAGUCACUUCCAUAAUACAAUGUCUCCAGUGAUAUGAUUAUGGCCACAUCCAGUGACAAAAGAAGAAGACAAUGUUUGGAGGUGGAUGUGGAGGCUUCACCAGGUUUAGACAAGGUCUUUGACCCAGGGGCAGACACCAGACCCAACCAGUGGUGGAAAUUGACUUUUUGGUUCACUGACAGGGGGAUUCCAGAUAGGGGUUCCAGAGCCAGUCGUAGCUUUGAAAGGAACCCAGUUCCAAGGGUUCCUCCUCAUGUACACCACUGGACCAACAGAACCAGAGCUACUCUACGUCUUUGAGAUGUAUCACAGAGCCAGUCUGGCUAACCCAGUCUGGCUAACCCAGUCUGGCUAACGGCUAACCCAGUCUGGCUAACCCAGUCUGGCUAACCCAGUCUGGCUAACCCAGUCUGGCUAACCCAGUCUGGCUAACCCAGUCUGGCUAA